AUGUCAAAUUCGACUCCAUAUAUUGGGAGUAAAAUCAGUUUAAUUUCAAAACUUGAUAUAAGAUACGAAGGUAUUCUUUAUACGGUUGAUACAACUGAAUCGACUAUUGCCCUCGCUAAAGUGCGUUCCUUUGGGACAGAAGAUCGUCCCACGCCUAAUCCAGUGCCGGCUCGUGACGAAGUCUAUGAAUAUAUUAUUUUCAAAGCAUCCGAUAUCAAGGAUUUAAUUGUUUGUGAAACUCCAAAACCUGUACCUCGGUUAUGUGGCGGACUUGCAUAUGAUCCUGCUAUUUUAACUGUUUCGGAAUCGCAUACUUCUCAAAAUCAAAAUGUGGCCCCUAAUGCUAUAAGUGCUAGAAUGGGAUAUAAAAAUAACAAUACGCAGCAGAAUACAUACCAGCAUAAGCAAAAUUACCGCACUGUUCAACGCGGGGGUUAUAGCCAGCGGGAUGCUGGCAACAAUUUACAGCGAAAUAUGCAUCAUAGAAUGCGGUUCGAAAGCGAUUACGAUUUUGAAAAGGCGAAUGAAUUAUUCGAGGAAACAUUAAAUGAUAUUACAAAGGAUCUAAAAAAUACGAAGCUAGAUUGUAUGGAUGAAAAAGUUGAAACUGAAAAGGAGGGAGGUUAUUAUGAUAAAAAUACUUCAUUUUUUGACAGAAUAUCUUGUGAAGCCUUGGAAACGAAGGAUCCGAAAAGUCGCGCCGAUUGGCGUAAAGAACGUGAAACUAAUCAGGAGACAUUCGGACAUUCAGCUGUCCGUUCUUUGAAUUAUCGCAGGUCUCGAUCAUAUUAUGGUGGUAGAAGCGGUAGAGGUGGAAAUGCAAAUUAUCGGCAUAAUAAUUACAAUGCUAACAUACAGCAUCGUGGUGGUGGUAAUGGUGGAUUCGGUUAUGGCUAUCAUCAUAAUGCUAAUAAUCGGCGAGGUGUGGGUUUUAGAAGCAAUUAUUCGAAUUAG